AUGAUGGUGGCACGAGUGAAAGCAGACUCUCGGGUUGUCCGAAGUGAGCCGCCCACGUACGUGUCCAUAAAUGAAGAAAGUGAGCACUCAGAAGUAGAAGAACAGGAGGAAGAAUCUGAAGGGAAAGUCGUAAUAAUGUUUAAUACCUUCAAGCCUCGAGAAGAUACAUUCACACGAACAGUCUCUGCUCAGUCCCUUCCUGUGAGCGAUCGUCUCGAAGAGCUCUCACAAAUGACAGUAUAUGAUAGGACCCUCCAUAUGCUCGCAGUAGAUCCCAUCUACCAAAAAGAG